UCUUCACCGGUGGCGCUCUUGGGAUCAGUACCUUCCAGCGGAUCACCCGAUCGCAUCCAGUGGUCUUUCUGCUUGCAUCCAAAACCGAUCGCUGGGAUCGCGAUGGUUGAAAGCAGGACACCACUGGAGCCUCGCCGCCGAUGGCCGGCGAAAACAGUCACCGGAGCAUCGCACCGUUCGGCCGCCCACAUGGAAGCGAGGGCGAAGGGAGAUUGGGUCGAUGGAUGGCACCUCUGGAAAGACCCAAACAAGAUCCAAGUACUGGACACAUCGACAUAGUUUUCGUAAAGUAAGUACCUGCAUGUAAGUGCAACAUGUCCUUCGUGUCCCGCAAAAUCCUUCUUUCCUUGGCACCGGUGGCCGCGCUUGGCUCGGUGCAGCUGUCCUCGGCUCAGACGACGUGAAACGCCGCGCCUCUUCCAGCGCAAGAACAAUGGCUCUCCGCAGCAGGCUUUUGCCCCUCUGCCUUGCCGCAUUGUGCGUGAACCUGAUGUUCAAGGCCACUGCUUUCACCGGAAUAACAAGCAUCCCAAAGGCUCGCAUGCAGACACAGAGAGCUGCUUUGCCUCUUGAGCAAGGUGAUGUGAUGUCGGCCAUGACUGAUGCAUCCACCAUGAUCCUUGCGGAUGACGUUGAGUCGAUCCCAGCGGUGGCCUUCGCCGUUUCCAUCUUCGUGGGCAUCGUGGGCUACUCGACGUGGACAGCCUUCGGCCCAGGUGCUUCCGACCUCCGAGACCCCUUCGAGGAGCACGAGGACUAGGCGUUCCAGGUACAUGGAACUUGCAUUUGCGUGAAUUGUGGAAGGCCCUGUGUAAGAUAGACACGACGCAGUGCACCUUUUCGCGAGUGACGGCCAACAACUUGAACUGCUGAUAGACAGCAAUUUUCGCCGGUCCCGCAGGAGAUCCAAAAAGGACCUGGC